AUGAGUAUACCCGAGAAUGAGUCGAGGGAUGUCCCUCAAUAUCCUGGCGAUGAUACCCGGUCGACGAGCAGAAGGGAACUUGCUGGCUGGUACUGCUAUGGUUGGGCUGCAGAGGUGUUUGUCGUUUGUGCCAUGGGCUCAUUUCUUCCGAUAACAUUGGAGCAGAUGGCCCGGGAUCGUGGUGUCCUUCUGUCAGACAAGACAACACCGUGCAGCGCAACUUGGAGUCCCUCUCUACCACCACCAGGAUCAGACACCCCGGGAUAUCAGCUCCAGGGGUCAGAUGGCGGACAAUGUAUCAUUUAUUUCCUCGGCACUGAAAUAAAUACCGCAAGCUUUGCCUUGUAUACUUUCUCACUGAGUGUCUUGGUUCAAGCAGUCCUGAUUAUUUCAAUGUCAGGUGCCGCUGACCAUGGAAGUUAUCGCAAGACCCUUUUGGUCACCUUUGCUUUCAUCGGCUCAAUCUCUACGAUGUUAUUCCUGGUUGUUGUUCCCAAAGUCUACCUUCUGGGUGGGCUCCUUGCAAUUAUCUCUAAUACUUGCUUUGGUGCGUCCUUUGUUCUUCUCAACUCAUUCUUGCCUGUUUUGGUCCGGCAUCACCCGUCAUUGUUAGGAGAAGAUAAUGAGGGAAUGACUGCUGGAGAUUCCCAAACACAAGCCACAGAGAAUUCUUCUUCUUCCUCGACUGCAAAUAUUGACAGGGCGCUCCCGGAUGCUACAAUGCCGCUACUUUUGUCUGAAAGGGAGUCUGAGGAGACUUCCGCCGCUGUGACUUCCCUAGAGCUCAAGCUUUCAACCAAAAUCUCUUCUAAUGGCAUCGGCAUCGGAUAUAUCGGUGCAGUGAUCUUACAGAUACUUUCUAUACUGGUUGUGAUAGUCGUGCGCCCCCCAACUUUCUCGUUGCGUCUUGUUCUGUUCCUAAUUGGAUUGUGGUGGUUCGUUUUUACCAUACCUGUAGCGGUGUGGCUGCGCCCUCGUCCAGGUCCACCAUUACUGGGGGGCGAUGGAAAACCGCUUCAUUCCUGGAUCGCAUACAUGGCCUAUGCCUGGAAGUCUAUUGGGAAAACCGCAUUGCGGGUCCGUCACCUGAAAGACAUCGCCAUUUUUCUUGCCGCUUGGUUCCUUCUCAGUGACGGAAUUGCAACCGUCAGUGGCACCGCGGUGCUGUUUGCAAAAACUCAAUUAGAUAUGAAGCCGGCUGCCCUAGGACUGAUCAAUGUGAUCGUUAUGCUUGCAGGUGUAUUUGGUGCAUUUUCUUGGAGCUAUGUAUCAACCUGCUUCAACCUUCGGGCCUCGCAAACGAUCAUCGCAUGUAUCGUCCUUUUCGAGCUCAUUCCGCUUUAUGGCCUCUUAGGUUUCAUCCCAGCCGUGAAGCGCUUGGGGCUUGGUCUCCAUCAGCCCUGGGAGAUGUAUCCACUGGGCGCAGUCUAUGGACUUGUUAUGGGUGGGCUCUCAUCCUACUGUCGAAGCUUUUUUGGGGAGCUGAUACCUCCCGGCUACGAAGCAGCCUUCUAUGCCCUGUAUGCCAUCACCGACAAGGGAUCCAGCGUUUUCGGUCCGGCUAUUGUCGGAGCCAUUACCGAUCGCUACGGUGAGAUCCGACCAGCGUUUGCAUUCCUGGCCGUGCUUAUCAUUGUACCGCUGCCGCUUAUGCUUUUGGUGGAUGUUGACCGCGGAAAACGAGAUGCCAAGGCAUUGGGGGCUGAACUGGAUGGCAUACCAAUAUCCUCUGGAUAUGGCUCUAUAACUGAGGCACAAGUUGAGGGUGGCGGAUUUGAGUAUAAUUAG